CUGCUGCGCGCGGCCCCGCGUCUCAUUCCGCCCCAACGCUCAGAGCGGCUCCAGCCCAGACACCGACUCCCCGGCGGAACAGUGACCGGCGGCGGAGGCCCGAGGCCGGCAGCACCCCGCGCGCAGCCCCGGGGCCACGGAGCGGAGCUCCAGCACAUCCACGGAGGCCGCAUGGCGUCGGGAUUUGCCCCACCAGGACGAUAUUUAGGAGCUCGGAGGGGAAGUAUUGGACUCCUGCCGCCUAACUUGUCAGAGCUGAGGGCUGUUCUGCUGGGGGACAGCUGGACUGAAAACUGUUCGGUAGCAAACUUGCUCCUGGGAGAGGCUGCAUUCAACUCUGAGGAAGAGCCAAAGAGCUGCGUGAGGGUCCAUGGACUGAUUAAGGGGACGAAAGCCCUUCUUGUCAACACCCCAAACAUCUUCUGUGCAGCCAUCUCUGAACACAAACUGACCGAACUGGUGGAGGGCUGUGUGAGGCUCUCUGCUCCUGGACCUCAUUUGUUCCUGCUGGUUGUGCAGCCUGAAAGCUUCACGGAGGAGCGGAAACACAGGCUCUGCAGAGCUCUGCAACUCUUCAGCGAUGCCUCCUUCCAUCAUUCGCUGGUUCUGACAUCGGCACCCAAAAAGGGGAGCAGCCUGUAUCAUUAUUCCAUUCCCUCAUCAUGGUCAUCUUUGCAGGAAGUGAUCAGAAGAUGCAACCGCACGUCGUUGAAGCUGAGAGGCCUCCAACUGCCUGCACUGGUAGAAAACAUGAAACUGAUUCUUAAACAAAAUGAUGGAAGACAUGUUGUCUCUGGCCACCUGAGGAUGGAAGCCAGGAGAGAAGCUCCGGUUGCUCUGGGUGCCGGUCCAGCUGCUGGUGAGUCCUACAGAGCCAAUUAG